AUAUGAUUGGUAUUACUUGAGUCAAAUUAAUAAUAGACAAAUGAAAGAAAAUAAAAUAGUUAUUACUUUACAAUUAUUUUUUCUCUGUUUGUUGUUCUUGAGCUGGCCAUAUUAUUCUUGUCUUUAGGUGACACAAACUUUCGAUAUAAAAAGGGUUCAAACAGAAAUUGGAGACAAGCUAGGCGUAAAAUUCAGUAACGAGAGUGAAAGAGCAAAUAAGUUAUAUGAGAGAUUGAAGAGUGGUAAGAAGAUCCUUCUAAUUUUAGACAAUAUUUGGGAAAAUGUUGAUCUCAAGACUAUUGGUAUUCCUUCUAAAAUGGAUCGUGGAGGAUGUCAACUAAUAUUCACGACAAGAAACUUAGAUGUAUUAGAACAGAUGGGUUCCACAAAUAAUUUCAAGAUGGGUAUUUUAGAAGAAGGUGAAGCAUGGAACCUAUUCGUGAAGAUGGCAGGUGAUGUUAUUCAAACAUCUGAAUUGAAUUCUCUACCGAAUGAUGUAUGCAAGGAAUGCGGAGGGGUGCCCAUUGUGAUUUGUACUAUAGCAAAAACAUUAAAAUACAAGAGUCAUCCAUCUGUGUGGAAAGUGGCCUUGCAAGAAUUGAAAGCACUUUCAACAACUAAGAGUCACUCAUCAAUGUUAGGUCAAGCAAGGGUAGCCCCAACUUGAGAUUAAGUCAAGCUAGUUCGACCCAAUCAAAUUGUCCGCAGAAUCAUCUUCUCUGACGACAUUUCAUUUGAUGACUUUUCAUAUUUUUUAAUGAUGUUUUUCUUUUCCAAUAAUUAUUCUUCUUCAUUUUCGGCAA